AUGGGAUCCCAAUCUGCAGAUGAAGCGGCAUGGUCCGCGAAAUCAGUGAUUGCAGAAUUUCCUCAACCCUUAGCGGAAAAUACCUCCUCCCCGGUUCCCUUUUUCCACCUCCUGGAACGCUUAAAAACUACGAAGCGAGAAGGCUGGCGCCGAUUUAACAUUACGCAUGGCGAGUCCAUUUCGGAUCAUAUGUAUCGCAUGGCAAUCAUGACCAUGCUUGCGCCACCGUCUCUAGCACGGAAACUCAACAUACCUCACUGCACGAAGAUGGCUCUCAUUCACGACAUGGCCGAGUCGGUGGUUGGAGACAUCACGCCGGUUGACACCCACGUCACGAAAGCUGAGAAAGCGCGCCGAGAAGCUGAAGUCAUGCAGUAUAUCUCGAAAAGCCUGCUGGGUGGCGUAUAUGGCGGUUCAGCUGGAGAGACCUUGCAGUCGGUUUUCCAGGAAUAUGAAGACAAUGAAACUCUGGAGGCGAAAUUUGUCCAUGAUAUCGACAAGAUGGAAUUGCUGCUCCAGACGAUAGAAUACGAACGGACACAUCGCGGAAAGCUUCAGUUGACGGAAUUCUAUGGUGUCAUGAAGCGUAUACAGCUCCCGGAGGUCAAGGAGUGGGCGGAAGCAGUGAUGAAAGAAAGAGAGGCAUUCUGGGCGGACAAAGGCGGCGCACCGCUUCUCCGUCAAUCCUGA